AUGUCUCUUCCAAAAAUUGCCGUCAUAGGUGCUGGCCCAGCGGGGUUAACUUUUGCUCGUCUCGUUCAAUAUAAUGGUAUCCCAUGUACCAUAUUCGAGUUAGACGAAGAUCGAAAUGCACGUACUCGAGGAGGUACACUCGAUAUUCAUGAGGGAUCUGCUCAAGUUGCACUGCGUGAAGCUGGAUUGUACGAACAAUUCUUGGCAGUUGCACGACCUGAGGGCGAAGUUCUCAAAAUCUACGACCCGUCUGGAAAUUUGCUUAUGGAUGAGAGUAAAGAAAUUGGUGAAAGCAGACCAGAUUCUUUCAAAGGCCGACCUGAAGUCGACCGAGUCCAGCUCCGUAACAUGCUUUUGGAUUCUCUUGAGCCUGGUAGCAUCAAGUGGGGACACAAACUACAACGUGUGGAAACAUCCGUUGACGGAACUUCCCUCACAUAUGAUCUACACUUUAAGGAUUCUGUUGAGAGAGGGUUUGACUUGGUUGUUGGAGCGGAUGGAGCCUGGAGCAAAGUGCGCCACAUAAUCUCCAACACAAGGCCAAAGUUCGCUGGAAUCACUGGAGUAGAAGCCAAGGUUUUGAAUAUCGAUCAGAAGGACCCAGCUCUUGCAAAAAGAGUAGGCCUGGGUAUGUGUCUUACUCUCGGCAACCACCAAACCGUAUUGUCACAGCGUAAUGGAGAUGGAUCUGUCCAAACAUAUGGAUUCUUCCGAAGACCUGAAGAUUGGCAAGAAACCUGCGGUAUCGACUGGUCCGCUCCUGGUGUUGGACAGAAGUUUGUGGAUAAAUAUUACGAAGACUGGGACCAAGAUGCGAAGGACCUGAUAACCAAGAGUGAUGAGGAACCAAUCCCAAGGCCAAUGUAUAUGCUUCCAAUUGGUCAUAGAUGGCUUCACAGAGCUGGUGCAACCCUAUUAGGUGAUGCGGCUCAUCUCAUGACUCCAUUUGCGGGUGUAGGAGUAAACGUUGCGAUGGAGGAUGCAAUGGAACUUGCAAGGGCUAUAAUUGCUCGCAAACCAACCUGGGAAGGAAAAGAAAACUUCAAUGACGCAGAGGGUUUGUCGGAAGCUGUAAGAAAAUAUGAGCUGGCCAUGUUUGAUCGUGCAGAGGGGUAUGCGAAGGAAACCUGGAUGUACUUGAACCUUUUCUUCAACGAAAGAGGGGGACACGCAAUGGUCGAAAGCUUCGCUGAACAAAAAAAGCAGCAGCAAAAGGAAGCCGAGUCGAAGAUUUUGGAGAAAGAGACGAUCAAUACCGAGGUUGUAAGCGCCUAA